UUGAGUUUGUUUAAUGAAGCACUUGCCCACGUGCUUUUGGAUAAUAGGUUUAACUGGUAUCACAAAUUUCCUCGUAUCAACCACCUUAUAUUCUCAAGCAAGAAACUGUCACUUGAUUAAAAAAGCUGCUUUCAAAAUGGCCUCAAGUUACCUAAAAUUCACGAUUUUCGCCAGUCUUUUUAUUUACGGUUUUUGCCAAGAUGCAGAUGCAGAAGUCACUUUAGAAGAUGUUGGGAAAUUUGAGGAUGAUCCAAGACCGGGAAAUCCAGCCGUUAUGGACCCCGAAGUGAUGAAGGAAAUGGAAGCGGAGAAAGAGUUUAAUAAAGCCGUAGAAGAUGCGCACAAGGGACCCAAAACCGUCGAGACAUCGGGGAACAACACAAAGGAGGUUAUGCCAAAAAUAGACUCUCUUUACAUCCCUCGUCAUUGCACUAGAAAGACCCAGAAGGGAGAUUUAUUGGUUGUGCAUUACACGGGUUGGCUCGCAAAAAGUGGUCGCAAAUUCGAUACUACCGUAGAUGUGCGACGUCGAUACGUGCCUUUUGAAUUUGUGCUGGGAACUGGCUAUGUGAUCCGUGGAUGGGAAAAGGGACUGUUGAACAUGUGUAGGGGUGAAAAGAGAAAGCUUGUCGUGCCGUCUGUUUUGGGUUACGGCAGGAAGGGACUACGUGGAAUUAUACCCCCCAAUGCCACUUUGGUAUUUGAAGUGGAUCUCUUGGACAUGCGCAGAGCUACACCUAACUAUGCACCCAUGGACCUCUUCACGUCACUUGACAAAGAUGGCGACAAAAAGUUGUCUCGCGAUGAAGUUUCUGCUUACGUGAAAUAUCAAAAUAAAAUAUAUCGUCAUCCAAACGCAGCCAAGCCGACAGAAGAAGAACAUGAACAAAUGGUUGAUCAGAUUUUUCAGAGGGAAGACCGGGACAAGGAUGGACAUAUUUCCCACUCCGAGUUCAGUGGGCCCAAGAUGCCACACACUGAGUUGUAAAUGACUUGUAGCAAUUGAAAAAUAGGCCUUUUUGAAAAGAGAUUUUUUAUUUUGUAACAAAUGCGUUUAAAUGUGAAAUUUGUGUUCGCUGAAUCCUACUGUCAAAACUUUGCUAAAUUUUCUUUUCUCUUCCAUAGUAAACAGAGAUCUGCUAAAUAUAACGAAACGAACCCGAGUUUGUCUAUUAUUGUUUUAUGUAAAAACUUUGGUUUUUUGGUUUUUCUGUGCAAUAUUAUUUUCUUUUGUUGGCAAUGUACCAUUUCAAUGUAUGUACAUUGAUUUUGUUUGUUCAAUAGCAUUUUUGGUGA